CAUUAGCGUUUGUGGACAAGUGGAUUUUGUUAAGGGGCAAGUGAAAGAGAAUUUUACUGGCUGGCCCAAUCACAGGCUCCACCCCUCACCCUCUGUUUCUUGGGCCAGAUGCAGUCAGUGCAGUGGCUCAGAGACCGAAAUCUGGACUUAGGAUGGAGAAACAAAAGCGCAAAGGGGUUGCAGAGAAGUUGCGGGCCAAAAAAAUAAAAAUUCUAGAGGUUGAUGCCUCAACCUGUGCAAAAAUAACCAACAUGUUUAGGGCUGUAGCUUCAGUUUCCAAGCCUACAGUACCUGACGACAUUUUGCAAAAACAUGUGAACAUAGCACAUGGAGGUGACUAGCCAUUGCAGCACCGGCGGCACCCAGGCAGAGGAGCAGGUGUCUGAUAGUGAAGUCAAGGAGGGACAGAGUGAGCAGAAGAGUGUAAUAGAAAAGUCAAGCCAGGUUGAGUUAGCAGUGGAGGAGAGCACCUUUGAUCACCAGGGAGUCAGUCAAGAGAGAGAGACCUUUUUGGAGAGCAAACAGGAUGGUGUGUCUCGGAAAUACAUCCCACCCGCAAGGAUGAUGUCAACCGAAAGUGCAAAUAGUUUCACUCUAAUUGGAGAAGCUUCAGAUGGAGGAACCAUGGAGAACUUGAGUCGCAGGCUGAAAGUGACAAGUGAUCUGUUUGAUAUCAUGUCUGGUCAGACAGACAUUGAUCACCCACUGUGUGAGGAGUGCACGGACACACUACUCGACCAUCUGGACACUCAGCUAAGCAUGACAGAAAAUGAAUGCCAGAAUUACAAGAGCUGUUUAGAGUUGCUGUCUCAACUACCAGAGGAGGAGGAAGCCAGUCUACUGAAUGCAUUGCAGCAGUUGAAACAAGAGGAGGAAUCUCUGAUCCAGGAGCUUGAGAGCAUUGAAGUGCAGCGUGAAGCCGUGGCCAAAGAGCUGGCUGAGGGACGCAACCAUAACCAGCUGAUGGAAACCGAAGAACUUCAGUAUCAGAAGGAGUACUGCGAGUUUAAGAGACAGCAGUUGGAGUUGGAUGAUGAUCUUAAGAGUGUGGACAAUCAAAUGCGUUACUGUCAGAUUCAGUUGGACAGACUCAAGAAGACCAACGUUUUCAAUGCCACCUUUCAUAUCUGGCACAGUGGGCAGUUCGGAACAAUAAAUAACUUCCGCCUAGGAAGAUUACCCAGUGUACCAGUGGAAUGGAAUGAGAUAAAUGCAGCCUGGGGUCAAACUGUACUUCUGCUGCAUGCACUUGCAAACAAGAUGGGACUAUGCUUUCAGAGAUAUCGACUAGUUCCUUAUGGAAACCAUUCCUAUUUGGAAUCUCUCACAGAUAAGUCCAAGGAGUUGCCGUUGUAUUGCUCAGGUGGUCUCCGAUUUUUCUGGGAUAAUAAAUUUGACCAUGCUAUGGUGGCCUUUCUAGACUGUGUCCAGCAGUUUAAAGAUGAGGUGGAGAAGGGCGACACAGGCUUUUGUCUGCCAUAUAGAAUGGAUGUGGACAAAGGAAAGAUCGAGGACACAGGUGGCAGUGGAGGUUCUUACUCUAUUAAGACUCAGUUUAACUCAGAGGAACAGUGGACCAAAGCCCUCAAGUUCAUGCUCACUAACCUGAAGUGGGGUCUGGCCUGGGUCUCCUCGCAGUUUUACAACCGUUAGAUUUGAUCUCAACUCUUGAUACCUGAUCAGUGAUACCAGGAAAUCGCAUGAAAUCUUCACAGUACUAAGAUCAUAAUUUACCUAAUUAAAAUAUUUUUGUGUGUGUUUAUGUUUUGUGUUUAACUGUUAAACACCAUUAAAUACCAGUGAUAUGAA